AUGGGUGCUUACAAAUACCUUGAAGAACUUCAAAGAAAGAAACAAUCCGAUGUCUUGAGAUUCUUGCACAGAGUCAGAUGUUGGGAAUACAGACAAAAGAAUGUCAUCCACAGAGCUUCUAGACCAUCUAGACCAGACAAGGCUAGAAGAUUGGGUUACAAGGCUAAGCAAGGUUUUGUUGUUUACAGAAUCAGAGUUAGAAGAGGUGGUAGAAAGAGACCAGUUCCAAAGGGUGCUACUUACGGUAAGCCAACCAACCAGGGUGUCAACCAAUUGAAGUACCAAAAGUCUUUGAGACAAACUGCUGAAGAAAGAGUCGGCAGAAGAGCUGCUAACUUGAGAGUCUUGAACUCUUACUGGGUUAACCAAGAUUCUACUUACAAGUACUUCGAAGUUAUCUUGGUCGAUCCACAACACAAGGCUAUCAGAAGAGAUGCCAAAUACAACUGGAUCGUCAACCCAGUCCACAAACACAGAGAAUCUAGAGGUCUUACUGCUACCGGUAAGAAGUCCAGAGGUAUCAACAAGGGUCACUUGUACAACAACACCAAGGCUGGUCGUCGUCACACUUGGAAGAAGCACAACACCUUGUCUUUGUGGAGAUACAGAAAGUAA